AUGUGGUCGUCCACGAUUCUCCUCUCACUAUCCAGCGUUUUUGGUAUUAUCGGCUUGGCAUUAGUACUUGCUGCUGCUCUUACUGAUAACUGGACUGAAUAUCAGGUGAAUCGUCGAGAAAUAAUCAACGCAUUCAAUCGGGAACCGGAAUUGAACGUACGUCUGAAGGACGCGUUCGUUCGUAACGUCAACUAUUUUUCGCGAAACUACGGGCUAUUCCAGAUCUGCUUUCCGGAUUCCGUACCAUCCGAUAUCGGCAGCUUCUCCAAAUAUGGCUCACCGUGUAUCGACAACACUGAUUAUUUCCCUGUUGAAGCCGUUCAGGAAAAUUAUUCCUCUCAACAAACUCAGCGACUCUAUUUUAUGAGAGCUAACGUUGCUACUUAUGUUCUUGUUCUCUUAUUUGCUGUUUCAAUGGCGUGUUGGCAUUAUGUGAAUUAUCUCGAGCGAGCCGUUCUAGAAAUGUCACCAUUCUACAAGUCAUGGGAACCGAUCCUCAAGUCAACAACCCGCUUCAAUUUCGGCUGGUCUCUGGUUGUUGCAUGGGUCGGAAUACUGUUCAUCCUAUUCGCCUCAGUAUUUUUCAUCUGUUCAGCUAGUCGAUUAAAGGUGAGUAUUGUUUAA